AGCCGAGCCUAGCGGGGCUGAUCCGAGCCGAGCCUAGCGGGGCUGAGCCGAUCCGAGCCGAGCGGGGCUGAUCCGAGCCGAGCGGGGCUGAGCCGAGCCGAGCCUAGCGGGGCUGAUCCGAGCCUAGCGGGGCUGAUCCGAGCCGGGCCGAUCCGCGCCGCGCUGCGCGGGCAGCAGGAGGAAGGAGAAGAUCUUAUCAGAUCCAGGAUACAAGUGGAACAACCUGCUGCAACCUGGCCAUGUGCUGAUGAAAAGUUAUUCUGGGUUUUGUAGCAGCCCCAGACUUUUGUACAAGGGGCUGAUGGAAACUCAUCCCUGCACACUGCUGGGGAAGAGAGAAGACACUCAAGCAAAGGGCUACAUCUCAGUUCCUCAAGUUUUCCUCUCUCCUUGAUGGUCUUCCCUCCUGUGUCCUUGAACAGAGAGGCAGGUUUUGAAGUCAGCCUGGCCAGAGGAGCAGUUAUUCCUUCAGCUGAGAAAAACCAUUCCAUAUUGCCCACAACAGUGAUGAAAAGAGAAGCCCCUCUCAGAGACUGAACAUAUCUGUCAGGAAAAUACCAUUUACAGGACUUGUCAUGUCUCCCUUCCUGCGUAUUGGUCUGUCCAACUAUGACAGUGGCCCUUACCUGCCAUCCCAGGGGGAGGUGAUUAACCCCUACUGCGCCGUGAUGGUUAAAGAAGCCGUGGAGUCAGAGAAUGGCCAGGUGUAUGUGCAGAAGAAGCCCACCAUGUACCCACCCUGGAACAGCACUUUUGAUGCCCACAUCAACAAUGGCCGGGUCAUGCACAUUGUGGUCAAGGACAAAAGUGCUGAAAUGGUCUCAGAGACCACAGUGGAGCUCAAGGUGCUGGCAGAGAGGUGCAAAAAGAGCAAUGGGAAGACAGAGAUAUGGCUAGAACUGAAGCCUCAAGGGCGAAUGCUGAUGAAUGCAAGAUACUUCCUGGAAAUAAGUGAUGCAAAGGACCUGGCUGACUGUGAGGCUGAAGGCUUCUUCUCCUUGCACCAGCGCAGGGGAGCCAUCAAACAGGCCAAGAUCCACAAUGUCAAGUGUCACGAGUUCACAGCCACCUUCUUCCCACAGCCCACCUUCUGCUCCGUGUGCCACGAGUUUGUAUGGGGUCUGAAUAAACAAGGAUAUCAAUGCAGACAAUGUAACGCUGCCAUUCAUAAGAAGUGCAUUGAUAAAGUAAUAGCCAAGUGUACAGGAUCAGCAAUCAAUAGCAGAGAAACAAUGUUCCACAAGGAGAGGUUCAAGAUCGACAUGCCCCACCGCUUCAAAGUCUACAACUACAAGAGCCCCACCUUCUGUGAGCACUGUGGCACCCUCCUCUGGGGCCUGGCACGGCAGGGGCUGAAGUGUGAUGCCUGUGGCAUGAACGUCCACCACAAGUGCCAGACCAAAGUAGCAAAUCUUUGUGGAGUGAACCAGAAACUAAUGGCUGAAGCUCUGGCAAUGAUAGAGAGCACUCAGCAGGCUCGCUGCCAGCGUGACAGUGAACAGAUCUCCAGGGAUGGACCUCUGGAAAUCGGCUUCCCUGUUCCUGUGAAGGAUGUGACACCACUUCAGGCUUUGCCAGCAUCUACAACAGGAAAAAAAGAGCCACAAGGCAUCUCCUGGGAGACUCCAGUGGAGGGCACAGUGAAGGGAGAGCCUCUCAUAGAGUCAGACUUGGGAGAACAGUCCCAGGAACAGCAGGAGCACCAAGUGCAGUUAAAACUGACCAUUGAAGAUUUUGUCCUGCACAAGAUGCUGGGGAAGGGCAGUUUUGGCAAGGUGUUCCUGGCUGAGCUGAAGAGCACAGACCAGUACUUUGCUGUGAAAGCCCUGAAGAAGGAUGUGGUGCUGAUGGAUGAUGACGUUGAGUGUACGAUGGUGGAGAAGAGAGUCCUCUCCUUGGCUUGGGAGCACCCAUUCCUCACUCAUGUCUUCUGCACGUUCCAGACCAAGGAAAACCUCUUUUUUGUGAUGGAAUACCUCAAUGGAGGAGACCUCAUGUUCCAUAUCCAGAGCUGCCAUAAAUUUGACCUUCCCAGAGCAACGUUUUAUGCUGCUGAAAUAAUUUGUGGGCUCCAGUUCCUCCAUUCCAAGGGCAUAAUAUACAGAGACUUGAAGCUGGACAAUGUCCUCUUGGACAAUGAGGGGCACAUCAAGAUUGCUGACUUUGGGAUGUGCAAGGAGAACAUGUUUGGAGAUGCCAAGACCAGCACUUUCUGUGGGACUCCUGACUAUAUUGCCCCUGAGAUACUGCUGGGGCAGAAGUACAACACCUCAGUUGACUGGUGGUCCUUUGGUGUCCUCCUGUAUGAGAUGCUCAUUGGCCAGUCCCCUUUCCAUGGCCAAGAUGAAGAGGAGCUUUUCCAGUCCAUCCGUAUGGAUAACCCCUUCUACCCUCGCUGGCUGGACAAGGAUGCAAAGGACAUUUUGGUGAAGCUUUUUGUAAGAGAGCCUGAGAGGAGACUGGGAGCGAGAGGGAACAUCCGCCAGCACGCCUUUUUCCGGGAAAUCAACUGGGAAGCUUUAGAAGAGAGAAGGAUGGAGCCUCCCUUCAAACCAAGAGUGAAAUCUCCAAGUGACUGUAGCAACUUCGACAAGGAAUUCCUAAAUGAAAAACCCAGACUGUCCUGUGCUGACAGAGCACUGAUUAACAGCAUGGACCAAAAUAUGUUCAGCAACUUCUCUUUUGUGAACCCUAAAAUGGAGAAAAUAUUUUCCUGAGAUCUGCCUAACUGAAGGAAUUCUUUGUAAUGGUUUGAGUAGCACUUUGUCAACUGAAGACUGUGCAAGAACCCUCCAGAAAGAAAGGACCUCAGUGAAAGUUUGUACCAUGCCUGGAGGCUUCUGACUUAUUCUGACUUAUUCCAGUCCAUAGCAGAUGCCAGCCCACUCUUCAUUGAUGAUAAAGUUUCUUUGUGGUAUCUUUUGGUCUCUCUUCUGUCUCUUCCCAAUGUUCUUGAAGUUGAGAGCAUCUGAAAAUGAGGAGGUGCCAAAACCUGUUCCCCACUACUUGUACACAUAGCCAACAGAUUUCUCUGUAAGGAAAAAUAAGUAUAUUUGAGCUUCUGGUGAUGUCAGUUCCCCUUUCUGCAACUCUGACCCAGACCCAUCUUCUUCUGAAGGAAAAGUGGUUUGCUCAAAGCCCAAA